AUGGCAUUGAAGCGAGCCGACCUGGUGGACCUCUGCGGGCAGACGUGGCAGGGGGCCGGCCUGCGGCUGCGUUCGCACUCCGCCUCGCGCAGGUUCUACUUCGUGGCCCCGGACACCGACUGCGGGCUCUGGAUGCGGGCGGCGGCCGCCGGCGACAGGAUCCGCUUCCAGUUCCGCUUCUUCCUGGUCUACAGUUUGGCCGCGGCGGCCCGGGCGCCCCCAGUGUCCCCGGCGCCCAACGCCUCCUCCCCCGCGCCGGCCGACGGGUGCGCCCCCGGGUCCUACCUGCAGUUCUACGAGGGCCCGCCGGGGGCGCCGAGGCCCCUGGGGGCCCCUCUCUGCGGCCUGACCAUCCCCGCCCCGGUGGCGUCCUCCGGACCUUUCCUGGGCCUCCGCCUGCUCACGAGAGGCCGCCAGCCCCGCGUGGACUUCGUGGGCGAAGCCACCUCUUUUCGGCUGGGAGCCUGCGGUGCCUACUUCCGCUGUCAGAACGGCAGGUGCAUACCCCCGAGCCUGGUGUGCGAUCGCUGGGGCGUGGACAACUGUGGUGAUGGUAGCGACCAGGCUUCCUGGCCACCAGCCGACUGCAGAAGUCCCUCUCUGGUGCCCAGCCAGGCAGGGAGUAUGGAUGGCCCCACGUCCAAGCCCCCGACGCUCUCCCCGGCUCUCAGGUCUGCAGGAACUCUCCAGAUGGCCGCCCAGAGGACCCCCCCCUCGCAGGCCGGGCCCCUGAACAGCAGGGCCCCCAGCUCCGAGGCGUGGCGCUGGUCUCCUCGCUGGUCCUAG